UGGGGAUUUCGGUAACCGUACAUAUACGUACGAGUAUAUAUAUAAUAAUAAAGGCAAUGAACAAAACUACAUUUUAUAUCAGUUGUGAGAGACGACAAAAUAGAAGAAAAGAUGAUGUUUAUUACUUCAUGUCUAUUGAUAUUAUUACUGACUAAAGUUGGUGCUGACGAGUGUGGUAAUAGGUGCACAUCGACACAGAUAUGCGGUUUCGAAGGCAGGUGUUUAGAACGUUCUGACCUGGUUGCAUGUACUUCGACCACAAGCAUAUUUACCACAAACUACUGUAAAAAAGGACAGGCAUGUUGUGGUGAUGGCUGCAUGCCCGAGGGUAAAGUGUGUUGUGUGGUAAAUUAUUGUGAAAGUGAUCACACAUGUUGUUCAUUCAUUGGCUGUUGUUCCGCAGGAACAUUCUGUAGUGGGUUUAGAUGCGUUCCAGAUCAAUAUUCAACUCAGAAACCUUCCACUGCGACACCUCGCCUGACUUCAAAACCUUUGACAAAUACUUCAAAAACAACAGUCCCGACGCCUAUGUCAAAUUUCCCAACACGAACAUAUCCUAGUAUCAGAUCUUCUACAGAAUUUCGAACACGUAAUUCUUCUGAAUGGACAACAAAAAGGUUGAAUGAUAACACGGACACAGGAAAAUCAACUGCAAGUGAGACCAAGAGUGCAUUUAAACCGUGGCAUUAUGCAAUGAUUGCUAUUGGAGUGAUUUUUGUUGGUACUGUUGGUACUCUGAUCCGAAUUCGCCGGAAAUCCACAUUUAAAGCCAAAGCUCAGUCUGGUAAUAGAGUUCUCAAUACGCCUACUAUGAUUCAUGGACAAGGAAAUAGAAACAAUGUAACAAGCCCAAGUGUUUCAGUACACACACACAGACCGCCACAGGGGAUGAACGUCUAUGUUGUUAGGAAGCCAAGUGCUUCAUUACAGACAACCGUUCAACAACAAAACAAAGGGAAGGUUUAGAUUAAAACAAAACUAAAGAGUCAGAUGAACAAGUAGCUAGGAAAGUGAUAAAUUUAGUGCUUUGUUACAACGUUUAUAAACUUUCAACUUUGUUAGUCACCAGCUUGUGCAUUGCAUAUAAACAAGUAUGUACCAAUGCAUUUUACAAAAUUGCUUUCGUGUGUUUGCUAUCUUGAAUCUUUAACAGAAGCAAUGUUAUUUGUGUUAAAAAUAGAUCAUCCUCUUUGCCCGUCAUAUUCAUAUUUCCAUCCACUCACCAAACAAGCACAUAACAUAAGAUAUAAAGGAACAAACAAAGAAGUAGUAUCAUUUCGUACUUAAAGUAAUUUCUGUCUGUCAAAUUAUUUCAUUUACAUAAAUAUUUCAUCAGAACCAUUUUAUGCAAAUUAGAUUUUUAAUUCUAUUUUUUUACAAAUAAAAAGUUCAUUAUAUAAUUAAAACAUAUGUGAAGUUUUAUUUAAGAGUAAAUGCUGUCCUUAUGAGGUAUCGGUAUAACUUGCAUGUAUAAUUGCAGUCAGAUAUUAUUUGAAUUUGUCAUCAAACUAUUUAUAGUCUAGCAUCUAGGGGGUUUCUGUGUGCUUGAAAGGUCCCCUAAUAACUUACGCUGAAUAUGUUAGAAGAAUAUCGAAUUGUAAGAGUAUCAAGGGUAAAAGCCCAAAAUCGUGGUGCGGUCCGAGAAAUCCAAGAUGGCGUCCAAGGUGGCCGCCAAAAAUAUGGAUACUAUCAUUUUCUCUCAUGUAAUUCAUAUUUGGCAGUAAGAACUGCUGCAUAUAUUCUUUUAAUACAUUUUCGUUUUAGAUAUAUGACAUAAAUGAAUUUUAGUACGAAUUUUUAAUAUUUAAACUCUUUGAAAAUUUAGAAAAUUGUGUCGAAAAAAGAAGAAAAAAAUGGUAUUUAUUACAGAUGUCAUGUACAGUUUUUUCAUUUUUUCUUGCUGUUGUCAAAUAAAUUGUUUUCUUAUGAAAUAUAUAUCCGAAAUAAAACAUUUUUACUUUAGAAUUAUGCCAUGUAAUUAUUUUUGUCUGAUAAUGUGUAUUUAUAAGUGGGUGGGGUAAAAAUAUGGAUAUUUUCAAAAAUACAAAUUAAUGUAAAUAUUUUUAUUUCAAACUAGUUUAAUGGCUCAAAAUUAUUAUUUUUACACUUUACUUUUCAUACAUUGCU